AUGGAAGAAGUCGUACUUCCCCACGAAUCCAUGACACAAAUGAAGCAAGUGAUCCGGAAGUUCAACGAAGCAAUCGAAGAACGUCUUAAACUCUUAUUGGAAACUCCGAGGGCGAUCAAACCCAAGCCCAGUGAAAGUACGAUAUUUUCGAUGGGAUCUACUCUCCCAGCAGCUUUGAUCAGCUCUCCAGCAGCUGGCCUACCCGCGGAGAUAGCUGCUGCUGAAGCACUCCAUUCUGACCAUCUUGAAAGCCAGGGGUCAGGCCAGAUAAGGCGACGGUCCAGCAAACAUCGACCUCCACUCCUUGCCAGAUCUGAUAGUGUGCAUGCUCACACAAGGUCAAUAGCCAAAACGGAUGCUGAGACGAUUUCGACCCAGAGCCAGCUCGCUAGUUUCAGUGUUUCUCGAUCUAUCGAUAAUAGAAAUGAUGCCCAAAUAUCCGUGACACCCACUCUUAGAGAUUCAUCGCUCGAUGACCUAAGAUCGCAUUCAGCAGAUGCGAGUGAAAAUGAGAGUCUGCGAGCAGAGAACUCCAACGCCAUAGGGCUACCAACAGGACAAACAUAUCUACUCAGGCGUGGAAGGAAAACCAAAUUGAACAUUCAGAGAGGCUAUUCCGUCCAUCUCAUUUUGCCAAAGAUUCACUUUGAAUUCAUUUACGAGUCAAAAGAAGAAGCAACUUCUGGAGACACUGCUUUCGCCGUUCUAACUUCAGAAUGGCUCGUGUCGCUGGAUUCAGAUCCCGAUACAACACACAUUAAUCUCGAGGAUCUUACGGUAAAUCGAGAAGUUCCCUGUUCAAACAUAUUCGAGAAGAAUGGGAUUGUUAUUCAUAGUCAAGGCCAAAUGGUCUUCAUGCAACUGCCUGAUCGCAAUCACCGCACCGCGGACAUCGAACACAGGAUUGCGGAGCAUUUGAUCCCAUUGCAGCGGAAUGAAGAGGCAAUCAAUACUAUCAAUCACGCCCUCAAAACGUGGAGCUUCGACGCCUCCGUCUACAAGCCUGAGCUGGCACGCACCGCCUUCUUGAAAGCAAAACUGCUCGAAAAAUUGGGAAAAGAGCAGAAGGCAUCCGUGGCGCUGAAAGUGGCGAGUCGGCUGAGGAGAGAAUUGACAAAUAGGCGCAGAAAUGCUGAGGAUUUGACCAUGGAAGAUUUCGAGUGCUUACUCUCGUUUUGGUCGAGAUGA